AUGACCACGCUCAACUGGAUUAUCACCGGCUCGGAGGGGAAUUACAAGAUCACGUCGACAGACAACCCGCUAUCAGCUGAUUUCGAGGACGUAGACCUCGAGUUGUACAGCGAGGGACAGGACAGUGAGCGCUAUCAUUUUCAGUUUACCAUGGACAAGGAGGUGGUCCCUUCAGUGUCGAUCACGGACGACGACUCUGACACGGUCUGCUACUUCAACUCGACCAUAUUCACAGGCUAUCUUUACACCAAGAUGGAAAAGGACUACCCGACCAAUGACGAGUCGGACAAUCCAUGGCCUUAUGCGGUUCGAGCAGAACAGUCUGUCGGCGGUGGAGAAAAUGUGCCCAAUUGCUACAAGACAGUGAACGGGCGGAUCACGGAGCAAAUCACGGAGGGACUCGACGCAAUGGGCGCAAGACGUCGCGACACCAUGGCGUUCCCCUUCCUGCCUUCAAUUGACUUCAAGUCGUACGCCAGUCCCGCCCAGGGUCUGGAUGCGCAGGCUCUUUCGUACAUUGGCGCCGUCUUCACCACCGUGACGCCCGCCGACAUCGACGACGCCUUUGUCUACCUGCGCGAGACCUUUGGCACCUUCGCCACCCACUUUGACGCCUCCGCCCUCGAAGAGGUGUCCGAUGUCGUGUCGCUGCUCGACGCUGGCGCCGCCAAGGUCUUCGUGAGCCUGCAGCAGCUGCAGCAGCUGCGCACCGUCCCGAACAUCGACCUCGACCGCCUCGUCGCCAUCGUCCUCGGCCAGUCCAAGCAGGAGCUCAUCGACACCAUCGGUGGCACCACCGUCGGCAUAUAUGCGCAGAAUGUGAAGGAUGUCGAGCUGGAGCUGGCCUACCUGAAGGAGUACGGCACCGACAGGCCCGCAGUCUUCACGUCGUUCGCCCAGCCCACGCUAGAGAAUGCGCUCGAGGUCGCGAAGCUGUCCGGCACCCCCAUUAUCCCCGCCGCGCUUCUCACCGUUGACAUCAACGCCGAGACUUCGUUGAUUCCGGCUGGCAAGCUUCUGUUGGCCAAUGCGACGAGCGACCGGGCUGAUGGUCUAUUCACGACCCUCGUCACGGACGAGAGGGGCAUUGCGCUGGGUCUUGUAUACAGCAGCGAGGAGAGCGUUCAGGAGAGUCUGCGCACCGGUCGCGGUGUCUACCAGAGCCGCAAGCGGGGUCUCUGGUACAAGGGCGAGAGCAGCGGUGAUGUUCAGGAGCUUGUCAGAGUGUCGCUGGACUGCGAUUCGGACUGCCUGAAUUAUAUCGUCAGGCAAAAGGGGAGGGGCUUCUGCCACCUCGCCACUGCGACAUGCUUCGGCCACUACCACGGCCUUUCUAAACUGCAGCAGACUCUCCAAAGCCGCAAGGCCUCUGCUCCCGAGGGCUCAUACACUGCAAGACUGUUCAAUGAUCCCCAGAUGCUGAAGGCAAAGAUCAUGGAAGAGGCGCAAGAACUGGUUGAGGCUAAGACCAAGGAAGAGGUUGCCUUUGAGGCGGCGGACUUGUUCUACUUCGCAUUGACGAAGUGCAUUGCCUCCGGUGUCUCUUUGACCGAUGUUGAGAAGAACCUGGAUGCGAAGAGCGUAAAGAUCAAGCGGAGAAAGGGUGAUGCAAAGGGCCCGUUCGCCGAGAAGUUCGGUGUCACUAAUGGCGCAGCCAAGGAGAACACUGAGGCCAAAGAGGCUGUCAAAGAAGCUGCGUCCGUGCCGAAGAGCAAGGACGACCCCGCUGGAACCAAGGAUGGCAAGAUUCUGAUGCAGCGUAUCAUUACUGCAGAUCGCACCCCGGAAGAGGUUGAGAAGGUUUUGCAGAGGCCGUCGCAGCGCUCGGCAGACAGGAUUCUGGGUAUUGUCAACCCCAUCAUCCAGAACGUCCGCGAGCGUGGAGAUGCCGCGCUUCUGGAGUACACUCACAAGUUUGAGAAGGCCACUUCUCUCACUACCCCGGUUCUCAGGGCACCUUUCCCCCGCAGCAUGAUGCAGCUGCCUCCCGAGACCAUUGCCGCCAUUGAUACGUCCUUCGAGAACAUCCGCAAGUUCCACGCUGCUCAGGCAGAUGACAAGCCGCUUGAGGUCGAGACCAUGCCCGGUGUCAAGUGCAGGCGUUUCGUUCGCCCCAUCGAGCGUGUUGGUCUGUACGUCCCCGGUGGUACCGCCGUCCUGCCGUCUACCGCUCUGAUGCUUGGUGUCCCUGCCAUGGUCGCUGGCUGCAAGAAGAUCGUCAUCGCUUCCCCGCCGCGCGCCGAUGGCUCUGUCACCCCUGAGGUUGUCUACUGCGCUGCCAAGGUCGGUGCGGAGAGCAUCGUCCUUGCUGGUGGUGCGCAGGCCGUCGCCGCUAUGGCCUACGGUACCGAGAGUGUCACUAAGGUCGACAAAAUCCUGGGUCCUGGUAACCAGUUCGUCACUGCCGCGAAAAUGGUCGUCUCGAACGACACUAGCGCUGGCGUCAGCAUCGACAUGCCGGCCGGUCCCAGUGAGGUCCUCGUUAUUGCCGACAAGUCGGCCAAUCCCGCCUUCGUCGCCUCCGACCUGCUCUCGCAGGCUGAGCACGGUGUCGACUCGCAGGUCGUCCUCAUCGCCGUUGACCUCAGCGAACAAGAACUCCAGGCCAUUGAGGACGAGCUUCACAAGCAGGCCAUGGCCCUGCCUCGCGUUGAUAUCGUCAGGGGCUCCAUCGCCCACUCGGUCACCCUCGUCGUCAAGGACAUCGAGGAGGCCAUGGUCUUGAGCAACAUGUACGCGCCUGAACACUUGAUCCUCCAGGUCCAGGACGUGGAGAAGGUUACCCAGAUGGUCGAGAACGCUGGCAGUGUGUUCAUGGGCCAGUGGACCCCGGAGAGUGUCGGUGACUACUCUGCUGGUGUCAACCACUCGCUGCCUACCUACGGCUACGCUAAGCAGUACUCUGGUGUCAACCUUGGUUCCUAUGUCAAGCACAUCACCGCUUCGAACUUGACUGCCGAGGGUCUGAGGAAUGUUGGCACUGCUGUUAUGCAGUUGGCUAAGGUCGAGGAGCUCGAGGCUCACAGGAGAGCUGUGAGCAUAAGGUUGGCUCACAUGAACGGUGAGGCGACAGCUUAG